AUAAACAAUUAACUCCUCUUUCUCUCUCUACAUUUUCUCUCACUAAAACCGCCUGCUUAUACAUAUAUACGUGUAUAUAUAUAUAUAUGCAUGUCUGUUUUUUGACGAUCUUACUCAAUUAUGUCGAUCGCGUUAGAGAGCGUUACAAUAAGCCGGAUCGAACGGCCGGGGAUGCAUCAUGGAACCGUAUAUGGUUCGCCGGAGACAGGGAGAUCGGUAUUCGGGAUCUUUACAGGGGAUCAUCGAAUGUCGGUGAAGGAUUCGGUUGAAGUUCGAGGAGGAGAAGAUGAUGUUGAUUCAACUAGUUCUUCUUCGAUUGGAGAGAACAGCGAUUGCUCUGAUGAAGAGCGAGAUUCAGAAGUUCAGAGUUCGUUUAAAGGACCUUUGGAUGCUUUGGAAGUUUUGGAGGAAGUCUUGCCGAUCAAGAGAGGUGUGUCAAAGUUCUAUAAUGGGAAAUCAAAAUCCUAUACAAGUCUGGAAGUUGCUGCUUGUUCUUCCUCCAUUAAAGACAUUGUCAAACCCGAGAAUGCAUUCACUAGGAAACGCAAAAACUUGCUUGCACAUAGCAUUUUCUUCGACAAGAACAGUCAAAAAUCAUCUAGGACUAAUGAAGGUGGAUUAUUGAAGAAACCUGCUAACAGAAAUCAUAUGGGAUUAGCAUUAAGAAUGAAUGGUUCUGGAGAACAUUCACCAACCCCUGUUCGAUCUCGACCACCUCCCCCCCCUCCACAAAAUAGGAAAUUACCCAACAUCGAAUCAUCUAUGCCUUCAGCUCUGCCCAGUUUCUCUCCAUGGCGGUCUUUCUCCCUGUCUGAUCUGCAAUGUUCUGGUGACAUGAAUGCUGCUGCCGCUGCAAUAACCUGCUCGGAUAUGAAGAAAAACAAUGAAAUCAAUGUUAAGUUUACAAGUAUUGCGGCUCAAUUUCGUUGAAGAAUGAAUGAAUCAAUCCCUCCUCAGGUUGUCUUUUUCUUUUGAGAUAUAGUUUUGCUUAGUUAAAAGGAAUUAAGAAAUUCAUGGCUACAUGUUUUUGUUCUCUGCUCAUUGUACUAGUUUGAAGUUUGAGCACAUCAUGUAAGAACAAGAAGAGAAUUUAGUAGAGUACUAAAGUAAUUAACAUAGUUUCAUUGCAUUCUACAA